GGGGCUGGUGCCGGCGGGGCUGGUGCCGGGGCUGGUGCCGGGGCUCGCCCGUCGCUCCUCGCUGCUCGCCCGUCGCUGCUGCCCUGCCGGAAUCCUCCCCGCUCCCUGUGUGAGUCGUGCCGGGCUCCGUAACAGGAAGUUUGAAGUCAUGGCUGGAAAACCAAAACUUUACUACUUUGAUGGAAGAGGGAAGAUGGAGUCAGUUCGCUGGUUGUUAGCUGCAGCUGGGGUCGAGUUUGAAGAAGAGUUUUUGGAAACCCGAGAGCAGUAUGAGAAGCUCCUGCAAGGUGGAUUCCUGCUCUUUCAGCAAGUGCCUAUGGUGGAGAUGGAUGGAAUGAAGAUGGUGCAAACUAGGGCCAUCCUCAGCUACAUAGCAGCAAAGUACAACCUUUAUGGGAAGGACCUGAAGGAGAGAGCCCUGAUUGAUAUGUAUGUUGGAGGAACUGAUGACCUUAUGAGCUUCAUGAUGAUGUUCCCAUUCUUAUCAGCUGAGGAUAAAGAAAAACAACGUGCUGUUAUAGUUCAAAAGGCAACAAGCAGGUAUUUCCCAGCAUAUGAAAAGGUUUUGAAAGACCAUGGGCAGGACUUUCUUGUUGGCAACCAGUUUAGCUGGGCAGAUGUUCAUCUUCUUGAAGCCAUUUUAAUGGUAGAAGAGAAGAAGUCAGAUGUGCUGUCAGGAUUUCCUCAGUUACAGGCAUUUAAAACGAGGAUAAGCAGCAUCCCCACAAUCAAGAAAUUUCUAGAGCCAGGAAGUCAGAGGAAACCUGUUCCUGAUGAUAAAUAUGUGGAGACUGUCAGGAGGGUUCUCCGCAUGUAUUAUGACAUAAAAGCAAAUUAGUGCCUGGCUGAAGGAAUGGCUGUUCUUGGCCUGAGAGAGCUAUCACAUUGCACAUGCAUGAUUAAACUGCAGAGGGAAGGUGAAGGGGUGUUCAAAAGGAGUUUCAAUGGGCAAUGUCUCGUGUUCUCUCUUACAAAAUACAGUAGGCAGGUAUCUUUUGUAACACCAUACUACUAGCCUAUAUUUUCCCUUCAUUCUUCUUAAGAUUUUUCUGGUAAUUUUAAGCAAGUAAAAUGGCAGCAAGCAUGCUGUCUUCCUGGAGACUUUUUGAAAGAGAUGAAAGCAGAAAGGAAGGUGAUGUGGGUUGCUGACUAACAAUGUCAACUUCUGCUACUUCUGAGACCUUUCUUCUCAGCUCCAGAUCAGAUUUUUGUAUGAGAAUUGCUUCAAAUUCAGGCCUUUACUGUUCUUAAUAUCACUGUAGGCAAACAAAACAAGUGGCUUUUAAAGAAAGAAGGAGUGUGUUUCUCUUGCCAGCUCUACUGGAAAUUAGUGACUUGUCUGAAAUGUCAGCAUCAUCCCUUUAUAACUAAGCUGGACUUUAAUUACUGAAUUAGGAAACAAAGUGACUGACAAAUGGUGGUUUUGUGUAACUGCUGUAUUUAGAGUAUCUGUUCUAACCAAAUAAACUUUUUAUGUGUCA